CCCUGGGCUCUCCAACUCACUGGCCAGCCAAGCUCAGGGACAGGCUCCGUUGUGCUGGUGACCAGUCCCUUUUCCACCCUGUCGGCCUCUCCCCUGCCUUGUCCUCCCCGACUCCUUCCACUCCACAUGGCUUUAGUGCUCACACCUUUCUGCUGACACCCUCAGGUCUCUGGGACCCCUGGCUUCAUCCCCAGCUUCCAUCCCCAGCUUGCAGAGGUACAGUCACAAAAGCCAGGCUGGAUCUCCCUGGAGUGACACCUCUGGAUCUGUGAUCCCAGCAAUCAGCACCAGUGAGGAGCUUGGCUCAUUACACUUCUUUCUGCUGUCCUUUGCUGUACACAUCUGUGUCACUGGACCCAUCCCUUGCUGCUUCCCUCUUUGCCUUGUCCCCCUUUUUGGCCACAUCCCUGAUCAGCUCCCUUUGCCCCAGCAGGUGCCCCCAGGCCUGACUGGGCUGGGAGGGUGUGGAACCCACAGGGCUGAGCGCCCACGGGCACUGCCUUUGCCUCCCUCAGGGCAGCAGCUUUGCCUCAACCAACCACCCUCCAUGGCCUUGCCUCUUGGCUGCCAAUUGCUUUUAAGCAAGAGUGAAGCUGCUGCUGCUGGGCUUUGCUCCCACCCACUGCCUUUGGAUGUGAAUCCUGGCUCCAUCACCUCCCUCCUGCCCAAAUGGCCUCUGGGCUCAUGCCAGGGAUGUGCAAAGUGCUGCCACAUCUGUCCCCUCCUGAGCCCAGGGAGCAGCCCUGGAGAGCCCCUGCAGCAGGGGUGUGUCUGUGCAUGCUGCCAGAAGGGCAUGUUCACAGAAAAAGCAUUGUCAAAACCCCCCCAAAGUACUCAACAACUUUCACUUUUGAGGGAAGCAGCGCAGGAGGAAAUGGGACAGGCUGGGACAGGGUGACGAUUUGCUUCGGUUUCCGGACAGCUCAGCUGGGAUCAGGGGACCCCUCCAAGGUGCCAGGUGACGGCCAAGCAGCUCCUGCUCCAGUCCAGAGUCCAGGAAAGAACCCGGGUCUCCAGGUUGUGCUCCAGGGAGGAGGAUGCUCUGUGGUUCCCCCAUCCACUGCUCUCUGCUGGCUUUUGUCAUUUCCACUUUAGUUUUCCAAGUUCCUCAGGGGCACUCAGCUCCACUCACCGUCACUGCACCCCCCGGCCCCAUCACCGUGGCCAAGGGCGAGGACGUGGUGCUGCCCUGCAGCUUCUCCCCGGGGCAGAAUGCACAGGACACGGAGGUGACCUGGUUUCGGGAGCAGUUCUUGCCCUUUGUGCAUCGCUACAAGUGGGGCCAGGACCAGUUUGGGGAGCAGAUGGUUCAGUACCAAGGGCGCACUGAGCUGGGGAAGGACGGCCUUGCCAAGGGCAGCGCGGACUUGAGGAUCUUCCACGUCCAACUCUCUGACACAGGGAAUUACACCUGCUUUGUUCAACGUGGCUCAGAUUACAACGACGCUCUGGUGGAGCUCAAGGUGACAGCCAGCGGCUCUGCCCCGCUCAUCGCGCUGGAGCGCUACGAGCACGGGGGGAUCCGGGUGGCCUGUCGCUCUGCCGGCUGGUACCCACGGCCCCGGGUGCUGUGGCACGAUCCCCACGGGCGCCGUCUCCCGUCCCUCUCGGAAAACGCUACCCAGGACAAGAACGGGCUCUUUGCAGCUGAGAGCAGCAUCAUCCUCACCAGGGCUGGGAACCAGGAACUCUCCUGCUCGGUGCAGCACCUCCCGCACACACCAGGGCAGGGACCGGCCCUUUACGUCUCAGAUUCCUUUUUCCAAGAUGCCCAUCCUUGGAGGAUUGCCCUGGGCGUGGUCCUGGUUGCUGUGGUCACUCUCCUUAUUAUCACUGUUUAUCUCUUUAAAAUUAAAGGUACCAUCCUGGGUUUGGGGGCUGGGGAAGGGGCUGGGCAGCCAUCCUACUCAGCCACCUCUGGUCCUGAGGGACAGUGGCAGGGUGGGAGUGCCCUGGUGCCCUUGGAGAUGAGGGACCUGCCAGAGAUCCUUUCCUGCCCCCAGGUUGAGCAGGACAAGCUGCCCCAUGGGCGGGGGAGCAGAGCUGCAGGCUGGGGGUGGGACAGGGCUUUGCACUGCUCAGCCUUGGCACAAACCCGCCCUCCAGCCCGUGCAGGGGGUCCCAGGAGAGGGCAGACAGGGGAUGGCCAAAUCAAUGGCCCACAACCCAUUUGUGCUGCUUUCUCUUCCUUUUCAGAGCAACAAGCCCAGGAACUCGCGGAGCAAAAGGCAGAACUGUGGGACUGCGUUAGAGAAAUAAAGGAACAAGCCCAGGAACUCGAGUGGCAAGAGGCAGCACUGCGGGAGCGCGAUGAAGAAAUAGCAUGGAGAAGACAUGCAGUGCCCAUAGAAGAAGCGAACGUGGUUCUGGAUCCAGACACAGCCCACUGUGAGCUUGUCCUGUCUUACAAUGGCAAAAGUGUGGCACGAGAUAACACAGAACAGGACAUCCUCGUCACCCCCAAGAGAUUUGACCCAUUCCACUGUGUUCUGGGCCGUGGGGGCUUCACCUCGGGGAGACACUACUGGGACGUGGAGGUGGUGGUGGAGGCAGGAGGAUGGGCUGUGGGGGUGUCUAGAGAAGAUGUGAGAAGGAAGGGUAAUACUGAGUUUAAACCAGAGGAAGGCAUCUGGGCAGUGGGGAAACAGGCUGCAGAUUUGAAAGCUUUCACCUCCCCUAGUCCCACUGAAUUUCCUGAAAUCAAGACUCCCAUGAGGAUUCGGGUCUCUCUGGAUUAUGAAAUGGGACGGGUGUCAUUUUUCAGUGUUGAUGAGGGGAUUCCCAUUUUCAUGUUUCCACAGGCAUUAUUUGGGGGGAUAAAAGUCCACCCUUGGUUCUGGCUGGGUCCUGGGACAUAUCUGAAAAUAUGUCCCAGGAAGGAGGAAGACAAGGCUUUUUUAAGGGACCUGGGAAGUUCAGACUCACAGUAAGACUGAGGUUGGAAGGAACCUGUGGAGGUUUCUGUGGCAACCACCUGCUCAGAGCAGGGUUAACCUCAGGGCUGCCUUCAGUGUCUUUGGACCUUGUUCAGCUGAGUGUUGCAGGGUCUCCAAGGGCAAAGGUCUCAUUACCUCUCUGGUCCAAUGCUGCAUCUCUCUCAAGGGUAAAAACCAACCCUUUCUGUGUGGUCAGAAUUUCUCCAAUCACGACUUGUGGUUGUUGUGUCUCAUCCUCUCUCUCUCCCUCUUGAACACCAA